AUUAAUUACUAUUAAAUGGGGGUGCAGGUUAGUGUUCCAUAUGGAAGCAUGUUCAACAUUGUUACUGUUAGAUGCGGACACUGUGCCAAUUUGCUGUCUGUUAAUAUGGGAGCUUUGCUUCAAUCUGUUCAACUUCAAGAUUUCCAGAAACAACAAUCUCUGGUAGCAGAAGCUAACAAUAAUAAAGACAGUGGCUCUUCUUCAAAGUGCAACAGAUUCGGACCACUACUCCAUACUGAUCAUGAACAACCUAAGUUGCCUCCCAUUCGCCCUCCGGAGAAACGGCAACGUGUUCCGUCAGCGUAUAAUCGUUUUAUAAAAGAGGAGAUUCAGAGGAUAAAAGCAAGCAACCCUGAGAUUACCCACAGGGAAGCUUUCAGCACUGCUGCAAAAAAUUGGGCACAUUUUCCUCAUAUCCAUUUUGGACUAAAGCUGGAUGGCAACAAGCAAGCUAAAGUUUCUGGAGAAGCUGCCACUAAGAAAUCUAAUAGUUUCUAGUAAGAUUUAUUCUUACAAAUAAUAUUUAUAAUAUUAAUAUAAUAAUCUUAUAAUAAUAAUAAUUAGGGUUAAAAAAACUAAAGAGAUUGCAUUUUGUCGUUCGAACAGAGUAUGAAGAUAGUGGCAUUCGGAGCUGUCCUAAUUUUAGAAUUUACGAAAAAAUAGUUUUACAAAAUUCGAUGCUACGUACUUUUGCGUUACAUAUAGUUUUUUUCAUAAAUGACUAAAAAUAUGAGGGACCGAAUGCCACAUAUCUUCAACUCUAGGGUUGCUAACGUGCAAUUUUAUUUCCCUGGAAAAAAUAAAUUUAUAGUUUAUUUUGAGUAAAAGAAUUUCGGAGAUUUGAGGACGAUCGAAGUUUGGAUUAUAUCUAUAUAUUAUAUAUAUGUAAUAUAUAUGAUCAACCUGAUAAUUGUUGUUCUUUAAUUUUUAUGUGUAUAAGAAUUCAUGACCUAGCUAUUGGUUAAAUUCCAUUGGAUUGCAAAUGAUACCAUAAAAUUAUUUGUUUAA